AUGGAAGAGGUAUUAAAUAACAUCGAAGACACCACAUAUAAAGAAAAUGCUCCUAUUGCAGGGGCAGAUGUCGUAAAAUGGAAACAAAGAAUAGGUAUGAAGUUUGAAACUGAGGAAGAGGCAUAUGAUUUCUAUAAUUCAUAUGCCGGUCGAGUCGGUUUUAACAUCCACAAAGAGUAUUUUAAUAAGAGCAAGAAGACUGGUAAACUGUCAUCGAGAUUGUUAACAUGCUGCAAAGAGGGCUUCAGGGGUGACGACAUUCGGGACAGUAAUAUAAAGACUCCCAGGGCUGAAACACGAACUGGUUGCCCUGCUCGAAUGCUUAUACAAGUUUCCAAGUAUACGUAUAAGUUGGAAGUUACAAAAUUUGUUGAAAGCCACAACCAUCCACUGAUGAUUGAUGAAUGCAUGCACAUGCUGCUGUCCCAGCGUAGAAUUAGCCGUGUUCAGGCCAUUGAUUUGGAAUUGGCUUCUGAUUCAGGAAUAAGCCCUCGCAAUUCAUAUAAGUUGAUGGGAAGGCAAGCUGGUGGAAAAGAAUCAAUCGGGUACAUGAAGUUGGAUUUGCUAAACCAUGCUGAUUCAAAAAUGAUAGUUGAUUAUUGCAAUUUUGGAGAUGUUGUAAGUUUUGACACAACAUACAAAGUUGUACAUGGCAACUGUCCAUUUGGAAGUUUCUUGGGGUUGAAUCAUCACCGGGAGACCACUGUGUUUGGAGCAGCGUUCAUGUAUGACGAGACUGCAGAGUCGUUUGUCUAG